UUAGCUAAACGAGGACCAUUUUGGCGAAGUCCUGCUUAUCAUCAUUUUAGGAAGCAUAUUCAUCAAAUAAAAUGGUACAAAAAAUUUAUUUUUAACCACCUUCAAAAAAACCUGGAAUUUAUUUGAUGUAUUUAGAAAAUAAUACAGUGCUAACACACCUGGCAAUGUUUUAUAUGUAAUUCGUUUCUCGUAGGUAAUCCAUGGAGACGGACACCCUCGUAUUGUAGACACUGUUCUCAUGUUUCAGUCAAGCAGUAACCCACGUUUAAAAAUAAGAGUAUUGUCUGCACACUGAGCAGGGCGAGGUCUUAAAGCUGCCAACCCUGCAUCUGAUACAUUAAGCGCGGCACAGACACCUGGACCAGAGGACGCACAGGGUGGGCUUACGAGACAGAGGCGCUCCCAUUGCUUAGCAAUCCGAUCCGUUCCUGGUUUUACUAUGAAGUUUACUAACAACACACCUGCGCUUGCUGCCUAGACUCACUGUGGCUAAUCAAGCUUGCAGUAAAACCUGGACUGGGCGCAGCUGCUGUGCAAUAGGAGUCUUAUAUAGGGGUGGGCAUUCUUAGCAUUUGCCACCAGGCGGCAGUUUCGCUCUUAUUAAAUAGCGUGUUUAAUCCGGGUCUUCCGGCAACAGCGGAGCCACCAACCCAGGAGCGCCUUUCCUGCGGCUGAGUGGAGGGCGGGGGAGGGACACGAAGCGAGCGCUCCAGCCUCGCAAUAAUGAUGAAUGGAAACGCAGAAGCAGCAGCCUGGGUCACUGCGUGGAGUAACUGAGCUGCAAGCGGAGGCAACACGCAGAACAACAAGGGGGUUACUAAUUCCAGCACGCAUUUUAAAUAAGGGAAAAGCACAAGCCGAGGGAUGUGGGGAAGAAUGAAAUAUAAAAAAGAGAAAUGUUUUAAACGCGUUUAUUUUGAAGUGGGAGAUUUUACAACUUGUAGAUAUUGAAGUGUCUUUAUUUUUAAACGAUAUAUUUGAUUUCCAUUGCGGUAUUUGUUGUGGAAAUCGAUUCGUCUGACGGGCUGACACGGUCUUAAUUGGAUUUAUGGUUCUUUUAACGGAUUUAUAAAGUUUCAGGGUUUCAGUGGAAUUCAUACAAAAAUACAACCAACGGGUUUUUUUUUUUUUUUUUUUUUUUUUUAAAUUUUUUUUUUUUUUCUUGGCUGAACUUUCUGGAGUUUCCGAAUUGUAGAGGAAAACGAUUCAACGCGACUUCCCUUUGGGGAGUUGAUUUCUAAAGCCGGACCCGAGCGCAAACCGUGGAAGGAAAUCGCGUUUUGUCCUCUAAAGGGAAAAUGGGGAACGUGGAAAGCCUGGAUGAUCAGACGGAUUUUAAGCCCCACAUCAUGCCGCUGAAGCUCCCCAUGCCCGAACAGUGCGAGCUGGAGGAGAGAUUCGCCCUGGUUCUGAAUUCCAUGAACCUGCCUCCUGACAAGGCCAGGUUACUGCGACAGUACGACAACGAGAAGAAAUGGGACCUGAUCUGUGAUCAGGAGAGGUUUCAGGUGAAAAACCCGCCUCACACCUAUAUUCAGAAGCUCAGGGGUUUCCUGGAUCCGGGAGUGACCAGAAAGAAAUUCAGGAGGAGGGUCCAGGAGUCCACUAAGGUGCUGAGAGAGCUGGAGAUCUCGCUGCGGACCAAUUACAUCGGGUGGGUGCGAGAGUUCUUGAACGAUGAGAACAAAGGGCUGGACGUGCUGGUGGAGUACCUGUCAUUCGCUCAGUGUGCCGUCAUGUUUGAUUUUGAGGCUCUGGAGAAUGGGGAGGACGGCGCGCUAGACAAGUCGAAAUCCUGGAGCAGGUCCAUUGAGGAUCUGCACCAGAACUGUGCCCAGCCUUUCAGCAACAGCCUCGCUCGCUCUGCCCGCCAGUCUGUCCUACGGUACAGCACUCUGUCAAACAGGAAAACCAUCAAGAAUUCUCGGCUGGUGAGCCAGAAGGACGACGUGCACGUCUGCAUCAUGUGUCUGCGAGCCGUCAUGAACUACCAGUACGGCUUCAACCUGGUCAUGUCCCACCCUCACGCCGUCAAUGAAAUUGCACUGAGUUUGAAUAACAAGAACUCCAGAACGAAAGCUUUGGUUCUGGAGCUCCUGGCUGCUGUCUGCCUAGUGAGGGGAGGCCAUGAAAUUAUCCUGUCCGCAUUUGACAACUUUAAAGAGGUUUGUAAGGAGAAGCAUCGCUUUGAGAAGCUGAUGGAAUAUUUCAGAAAUGAAGACGGGAACAUUGAUUUCAUGGUGGCCUGCAUGCAGUUCAUUAACAUCAUGGUGCACUCCGUGGAGGAUAUGAAUUUUCGAGUCCACCUGCAGUACGAGUUCACGAAACUGGAGCUGGACGAUUUCCUGGAGAGAUCGAAGCACACAGAGAGUGACAAGCUGGCCGUUCAGAUCCAGGCUUACCUGGACAAUGUGUUCGACGUUGGGGGGCUGCUGGAGGACGCAGAGACCAAGAACGUGGCUCUGGAGAAGGUGGAGGAGCUGGAAGAGCACCUGUCCCAUUUAACAGAGAAGCUGCUGGACCUGGAGAAUGACAGCAUGAUGAGGGUGGCUGAUCUGGAGACCCAGCUUCUCCACAGAGACAAAGAGCUGCAGCUGGUGAAGGAGACGUACGAGUCAACGAACUCUCAGGUGCACACGCUGCGCCGCAUGAUCAAGGAGAAGGAGGACGCUUACCAGCGGCAGUCCAACAUAGAGAAGAGACUGCAGGAGCUGGAGCAGCAGGGAACCAUCCGCCUUCACAAGCAGGCUGACGGGGAUGUUGACAUCGUGCCUCUGGGAGGAGGAGGUGGAGGAGGGGGUACAGGGGGGGGGUCGCGGGGUCCUGGAACUCUGGAGACGCCCUUCUCAGGACCUGCACCCCCGCCCCCGCCCCCUCCACUGCCUGCUGCAGUUCAUUCUUCCAGCGCCGGCCCGUAGCCCUCCCCCGGAAUGUCCACCGCUGCAUCCGCAGCCCCGCCCCUUCCUGGAAUGUCACCGUCUGUCAUCCUGAGCGUCGGCCUAUCGGCGAUCCGGAUAAAGAAGCCCAUCAAGACCAAGUUCCGACUGCCGGUCUUCAACUGGACGGCUCUGAAACCCAACCAGAUCAACGGCACGGUGUUCAACGAGAUCGACGACGAGAGGAUAAUGCAGGAGCUGGAUUUGGAUAAGUUCGAGGAGCUGUUCAAGACCAAGGCUCAGGGGCCCAUCGUGGACCUGGUGUGUCCCAAGAGCAAGGUGGCGCAGAAGGCCGUCAACAAGGUGACCCUGCUGGAGGCCAACCGGUCGAAGAACCUGGCCAUCACGCUGCGCAAAGCCAACAAGAGCACAGAGGAGAUCUGCAAAGCCAUCCAGACGUUCGACCUGAAGGUGCUGCCCAUCGACUUCGUGGAGUGCCUGACGCGCUUCCUGCCCACGGAGGCAGAGGGGAAGCUGCUGCGACAGUACGAGCGCGAUCGGCGGCCGCUGGAGGACCUGGCCGAUGAGGAGCGCUUCAUGCUGCACUUCAGCAAGAUCGAGAGGCUGACGCAGAGGAUGAGCAUCAUCGCCUUCAUCGGCAACUACAACGACAACGUGCAGCUGCUCACGCCGCAACUCCAUGCCAUAAUCGCAGCGUCUGCUUCCAUCAAGUCCUCGCAGAAACUGAAGAAAAUGCUGGAGAUUAUCCUGGCUUUGGGAAACUACAUGAACAGCAGCAAGAGAGGAGCCGUCUAUGGGUUUAAAUUACAGAGCUUGGACCUGCUUCUGGACACCAAGUCUACAGACAGGAAGCUCACCCUGUUGCACUACAUAGCCCUGGUCGUGAAGGAGAAGUACUCCGAGAUCUCAGCUUUCUGGAACGAGCUGCACUUCAUUGAGAAAGCAGCGGCAGUAUCCCUGGAGAAUGUUCUGCUGGAUGUGAAGGAGCUGGGCAGGGGGAUGGAUCUGAUCCGACGGGAAUGCAGCCUCCACGAUCACGGGGUCCUCAAGAACUUCGCCAGCGCCAACGAGGGCACGCUGGAGAAACUGCAGAAGGACGCCAAGACUGCCGAGGAGGCCUUCAAUACAGUGGUUCGUUACUAUGGGGAGAAUGAGAAGACGACCCCCCCCUCCGUAUUCUUCCCCGUGUUCGUCCGCUUUGUGAAGGCCUACAAGGAAGCGGAGCAGGAAAACGAGCAGAGGAAGAAGCAGGAGGAAGCCAUGAGGGAGAAGAUGCUGGCCCAGGAGGCCAAGCAGCAGGAUCCCAAGUCUCAGGUCCAGAAGAACAGCAAGAGGCAGCACCAGCAGCACGACCUGAUCACUGAGCUGAGGAGGAGGCAGGCCAAGGAGCACAGGCCUGUGUACGAGGGGAAGGACGGCACCAUUGAGGAUAUUAUAACAGUGCUGAAGAGUGUCCCGUUCACGGCCCGAACAGCCAAGAGGGGCUCGCGGUUCUUCUGCGAUACGGUCCUCUGUGAGGAGUCCAACUGUUAGUGCCCUCUCCGCCCAGCAGCACCCUGCCCAGAUCUCAGGAGCCAGCCCUUUCUGCGAGCUGAUGCGGUGAUCCGGAAUGGCUGGAGGAGAGUGUGAGGGGGGUGGGGGGGGGUCCUCGGAGCCGCGCUCUGUCUUGGAGUUUACCCCUCCGCAGCAGACUGGAAUCGGAUGGGAUUUUUCAGAAGGAAUUUGGAGAAUGCAUCCCUCCCUCCUACCCCCGGUGACCUUGAAGGAACGAGGCUGCUUCCUACUAAAACCAAAUAAGACGGUCGUUGCUUUUCUUCUUCUUC